AUGUACUUAAUUGAAGAUCAACCUGUCGAAGAAGUGGCUAUGUCAAGCUACAUUACUUUCGAUCCCCGUGUGGGAAUAGACAGAGAAGGGUGGCAAGUAAUCCUGUAUUACUGGCGCAUGUUGAAUAUAAAGUGCCAUUAUGGUUAUCCAGUUAAAUAUGCAAUACCUAUGAACGGAAAGAUCAAAUAUUAUGACUACCAUGACUUCAGAUCCAGAACCUAUACAGCGAUAAUAUGUACAAUGAUUGAACAUUUUCUAGAAGAAAAAGAUGAACUUCUCCCUACAAGGGGCUUAUAUUACAAGACCUACGAAGUAUGUCAUGAUAAAGAGGAUAAACUAAACUCAUUAUUGAACGAAUUCACAAGCAUUCACCAAAAGAAGCUUCAAGACUUUGGUCUUACUCGUGAGAGCAAAGCCAUCAUUACUACUAAUAUCAUCCCUGCAGGAAUAUUCGUCCCAACAUCAUCUAGUAUCAAUGACUUCCCCAUGAAUUUGCAUCAACGUGUGACGGUUCUUAUUGUCGAGAAAUCUACCAUAUCAAUUUCACCAAUCAUGGUGAAAAAUUAUAAGGGAGGCAAUUUUCUAGUUUUAGAAACCAAAGGUUAUUCGUCUAGAAUACCAGAAGAAUUAAUUCAAGAGUUGGAAAAAAGGUUUGACUUAAGAGUUUUAUUUGUUGGUGACAAAGACGCUGGUGGUCUUCGAGCUUAUAACAAGUGGCAUAACCUACUCGCACAAGUCACAUAUCUCAAGAUUAAAGACAAAAGUUACGUAAAACCACCGAAUUACGUUUUUCAGGAGUCGCAGAGAAAGGCAGUUGAAAAAAUUGCCAAUGAUGAUAAUUUUCCUGAGUUCAUCAGGGGAAUAGCUCGUGAAAUCUAUGACCAUGAAGAGCGAAUUCACAUCGACAACCAUUCUCGUCUUGCGUUUGCUAUCACGAACUUGUUAAACAACCGUGAAAUCGAUUUUGACGAUAAGGAUUAUUUAGAGUUGAAAUUGCAAUAG